AUGGGGACGUCUAUCCUCCCCUUUCAUUCACUAUUGGUUACGUUGCUCUCCCUUCAAGGCGCCCUAGCCAAUGCCACUCCUUAUUUGAAACCGGGUUUCCACUUCGAUUACGACAAACCAGGCCAAGAUUUCACCAUCCCAGUGACGAGUCAAUGCGAGGGGAUACAGCUGGAGUGGACGAGGGACCCGAAGAAUGACACAGGACCUUCUCCGGUAGCACCAUACUUCCUGCAAGUCUAUACGUCGACGUUCAACUCGCCCUUCUCUGUCGCCGCAGGCUUUGGGCCCAAGUUUACAUGGCAGGUGCCAUUUGCUCCCAACACACUGUAUCAGAUAUGCAUGUUUGACAUCAAUGGGGUCUCUGGAGGAUGCCAGCCAACCUACACCGUCAUUCCCAGCACUGCGUCCCAACCAAGCUGUGAUAACGUCACUUUCCCGUCCGUAUUAUCGGUCACCGGCACCACACCAUUAGGCCUUCUACCGCAAAAUGGCUAUAUUGACCAAUGCGAAACUCUCUCCGUGACUCCGCAGAACGGUAGCCCUCCUUACAUUCUAACGGUCGCUCCAAGCGGCCGUCCGCCGUUUAAUAUCACAUCAGACACGAGAGAUCCCAUUGACUGGACUGUUUCUUUGCCUGUCGGAUCUCAAUUCUUCCUCUCUGUCGAAAGUGUGGAAAGGCAAAAGUGGUCGAAUGGCCCAAUGCGGGUGGGCGGCUUGGGUUCGACAGCUUGCUUAGCCCACGGAACGAUUCUGAAAAGCAGAGCUGACAAGAUCAUCAUUGGAUCCAGUGUUGGUGGCACGAUAUUAGGGUUGGUUAUUGGAUUCCUGGCCUACUUCGUGUUUUUGCGACUUCGCCAUCGAAAGCCACCAUCACAGACGUACUUUCAGCGUGAUUACUUUUCGCGUGAAGAUCCCACGAGACCGCUCAAGAGCACCACCCCUGCUCCAUCGACCAUCGCUCCUUCUGGCUUCAUUGGCCGAACUGGUUCGCCCUCCUUAUCAUCUAUUCCCCUAGCCAUGACCCCAUCUACCCGCCUAACCGAUCUCCCGCCCCUCACUCCCCCUCUUGAGCCUGUACGGCGCGGAAGGGAACCCUAUAUUCAGAGACACCGCUCCGUCGAACCAUAUUCGGUGCUUCCAAACGAGACGGGUUCAGCCCAGCAAACCCUCAGCGACAUCAAGCGGCCGGUUCCCCCGAGCAACAUUUCCCUGUUCUCAAACGAAGACGUCGCAGAGUCUGUCUCGAUGACAUCCUCGUCUGCGAACAGCACUCCACAGCGGACGCCGUCAACGCACUCACGUGCGCCCACGUACGUUCCUCGCGUAACGCGGUCUCCAGCUUCUCGCACCCGCGCGAGAGUCCCGACGAGAGCGAACACAGCAACAACUGGUGUUGAAUAUGACAAUGGUCCGAUUCAAGAGCUGGAAAUCCCAGACCUUCCUCCUCAAUACGGCAGUCACACGGCAGACCCUUCCUUGAACUACGCACCCUCAAUUCUAUCAUCCGGGAACCGAUUCUAG